AUGUACAUCUCUCUCACGCAAGAUGGCGAUGGCAGCAUCACGACGAAGGAACUGGGCACUGUGAUGCGCUCGCUGGGUCAGAACCCUACCGAGGCGGAGCUGCAGGAUAUGGUGAACGAGAUCGAUGCGGAUGGCGAUGGCACGAUAGACUUUCCCGAGUUCCUUACGAUGAUGGCGCGCAAGAUGAAGGACACUGACAGCGAGGAGGAGAUCAAGGAGGCCUUCCGUGUGUUUGACAAGGAUGGUAAUGGCUUCAUCAGCGCAGCAGAGCUGCGUCAUGUCAUGACCAACCUGGGUGAAAAGCUUUCGGACCAGGAGGUCGAGGAGAUGAUCCGUGAGGCCGACACUGACGGCGACGGCCAGAUCAACUACGACGAGUUUGUUCGCAUGAUGAUGAGCAAGGUACCUAUAUCCUCUCUGACCCUAGUAACUGUACCCAUCCUAUCAUAG